CACUUCGUACUCCAGCUCUGUAGAUGGCAAUGGGGUGCACAUGAGAGCACCAAGAUGACAUCAUUUCCAUGCGACAUAAACUCGUCUCGAAGGUAAAGAUGGCAGAGUCUGAGGCGAAGAAGGUGAUCAAGCUGGUUCCAGAAAAUCUCUUGAAGAAGAGGAAGGCGUAUCAAGCUAUCAAAGCCACACAGGCCAAGCUAGCUUUACUUGAAAAAAGAAAAGUACAGAAAGGCCGACCUUUGAAGUUCAAGCGUUUGGAAGAGUUCCUGAGAAACAGCAAGCGGAAACACCGCGAUGAGACGCGCUUGAGGAGAAAUGCCCACAGGCCACCGCCGGCACUGCCGCCCGCCAAGAACCGCCUGGCCUUCGCCGUCCGAAUCCGGGAGAUCAAAGGCGUCAGCCUCAAGGUCAUGAAGGUCAUUCAGAUGCUGCGACUGCGGAAGAUCUUCAGCGGAUCCUUCGUCAGGAUCAACAAGUGCUCCAUGGAAAUGCUGAGGACUGUGGAGCCGUACGUGGCCUGGGGGUUCCCAAAUCUAAAGUCAGUGCGUGAGCUGAUCCUCAAGAGAGGACAGGCUAAGAUUAACAAGCGGAAGGUUCCUCUAACUGACAACGCUGUCAUUGAACAGCACUUGGGUAAGCACGGGAUUAUCUGCCUGGAAGACUUGAUCCAUGAAAUCUACUCCGUCGGGAAGAACUUCCGCGUGGCCAACAACUUCCUGUGGCCGUUCCCGCUGUCGGUGGCCCGACACGCGUCGAGGGACAAGGCCGGGUUGCUACGGGAGAUCGGCGAGCCUGGCGCCAGAGGUGCAGACAUCAACAGAGUCGUCAGGCAGCUCAACUGAUUGAGCAUUGCAAAGACUUGUCUCCACCUGAUGUACAGCCACACUCACCCACAGACAUAUUCCAUGACUGAGGAGAAGAAUCCUCAGAUUUCAACGGGACCCUGUCUUGCCUUGUGGAACGGAAACAGGUUUUUUGUCAUUCAAGAGCAUCACAGGUUCCUGUCCACCUGAUGUACAGACAAUAUUUAGCCACCGAUUUAUGCUGUGACCAGCUGAGCAGAAUUUACUUCAGAUUUCACCAGGGCACAGUCUUGCUUUGUUGGAAGGAAAGGACAUAAUUUGUAUAGCCGUCAAAUCCACAAAGGAAAAAAAUUCCACAUGGACAAAGGCUGAUUUUCCUCACCAAUGUUUGAAAGCAGUGCAUCCAAAAUUCCCCCAUGAAAGAGAAAACUUGAAGAGUGGAACAAUAUUGGAGCUGGGCUUGCUGUAAAGGAUUGCACCCUAUCCCAAUGGCAACUGAGCUAAUUGAGAUGUUGCACCACAGCAUGUAAAGCUUGAAAACGAAUGCAUCAAAUUAGCGUGUGCUUUACCCUGUCAGAUGAUGGUAAAUGUGUCUUCAUUCUUGUGCUGAUUUGUGUUGCCUUCUCAGUGACCAGUGUAUGUGUAUGUGCUUUUCAAUAAGUGCAUAUCCAGCACUAUCUUUUUCAGAAAGACUAUGGAAACAUUUUUGACACCUACACUGCCCUGUCUAUUUGGAUAUUCAAUAAACUUGCCUUCUUGUUUA